AUGUCUGGAGACGGCAACUUCAACGCUUUUUUAGAUGCCGAUGACCUUAUGAGGCCUGACUCUGCUGCCUUUGGCUUCCCAAAAAUGGCCAGAGCAGCGGCCAAGGCAGCAUACAGAGCAGCAUCUAGACCAACUGCCACUGCAACAGAAACAGCAACACUCAGAGAACAUGUUCAGAGCAUUCUAGACCAUGAAUACUCUUAUGUAAUGAUCACCUUCGCUGGGGUCGCCGUUUUCGCUCUCCUUCUAUCCAUCGCAAUCAUCUUCAUUGUGGCCAAGAGCCUUUCAAAAGUCAAGGCCUGCAUGCCUCCUCCUGGGGACGACAAUGGACUUGGCCAGAACAUGUACAAGUGCUACAGAAAAGCUCAGAUGCAUUUCAUCUUCCUCAUUCUGUCUGCGCUCGGCUGCAUCGGCACCUCCAUUCUAGCGACUGCCAAGAUCAUGCUGCUAGACAACAUAGACGGUUCCGUAGACCUUUUGAGUAUUGCCUAUGGCGUCCAAGUCUUGACUUUGCUAUGUACACUCAUGGCCAGCCACUCUCUGAUGAAUAAUACCCUCCUUACCUUCAUCUCAAAUGAAGCAGACAUGGAGGUUAACGAAUGGUCUUCCAAGUUGUAA